AUGAACAUUACGGACGAGUCUAACCCUUAUUUUCUCACUUCGCCCCCUGCCAUGCACCCUCGGCCUAUCCUCCCGCCGGACGGGAAUCUCGAGCUCCAUCUCGAACUGAGCGAGGUGAUACAGCAAGAGGGCUGCCACCACGUCUACAGAGUCAUUCCGCGGACGUCGCACGAGUCGUCUCAGGCGUUCACCUACCCACCCAUGGUCAUCAAGGUCUCUGCGGAAUCCAAAUUCGACGGUCAGAGCCUCGCUGAAGAGGCCGCAAUGUAUGACCAUCUCAUGUCAUUGCAAGGAAGCGUCAUCCCGCGCUGCUAUGGGUACUUUACACGGCCCUUCAUGCUUUUCGGGAACGUUGGCUUGACGCAUAAUGCGAGCCUCAGCAUCUUGCUACUCGAGUUCGUAGGUCGUCCUGUGUCCGAUUAUUACGGUCUCGGCCAAGACCUGCGAGAGGACCUCUAUGGCAUGUACAACGAACUCUGUGAACUCGGGAUCUAUCACCGUGAUCUGCGGCCCAAGAACGUUUUGUGGGUGGAUGAACGACUCGAGGGUCUUCCUAGUCUGGCAUCACCCAGAAGUGGCCGUGUCUACGGAUUCCGCAUCAUUGAUCUCGAAUCAGUAGUGCAAACGAACAUGAGCACGUCCCACUCAGGCUUGCGCUGGAACAUCUGCCACUUAAGUACCAAGUCUAUCAUCAAACUAUUGCAGUAUGGAUGCUUCACCACCAGUCAGUGCGCAAAGCCAGUCCUCCUCUUGGCCAGCCCGCGCCAGCUCAAGUUCGCAGCCACUCACUUCAUCGCCUAAGCCACUAGCCGACAUCAAUCCACCUCCGCCUCGAUCGAAUAAAUAUAAGAACAGCCCACUGCUACUCGGAUUCGCCCUCACCGACACCCAGUGGAAGCAGUUGUGGACGGAUUUCCAUUGGUCGAGGGUACCAACCGACGAAGAAUUGAAGGAAGAUAACGUGGCGGCGGUUUCCUCCGAUGUGCUUGAUGCACUCUCGGACAAGAUUAAAUAUCACCUCGAGAAUCAUGUUGGCGUCAUCGAUGACGACGCGCCUGACUCUGUCAAACAGGCCGCGAGAGAAUGUGGAGAUAUAGAAGCUAACAUUUUAUCUAUCUGCAAAGACACGGACUUCGAGGCGAGGCCUGAUCAGUACCAAUUCGAUACCAUCAAAGAUCACAUUGCUCGGGCUGGAAUUGACCAAGAGCCGCGAUGGUGGAUUCGUGUGGCGAUUUAGUACAUCGCGCAGGUCAGUACUGCGACCGUCCGCGUUACCUUGAUUGAAGCCGUAUUCUGA